AUGUCGUACAGUAUAACUGCCAUCGCCAGCAAGACGCUCCCUGGAAAUAUUCAGCAGCUUGUGGAGGACGCUGUGAAGGGACUUCCCGUCGAGAUUGUGACGAGCACUGUUUUGGCUGCCACCAAGGCUAUAGACUUUUCAUUUGAAAGCGACAAAUUUGACGAGGUGAAAGAAAAGCUCAAGUUGGUCAAGAUCCCAGAUGUGGAUCUAGAAGUGCUUAAAAACGGCCCUGCUCGGAAGAACAAGAAGCUUGUUGUGUUUGAUAUGGACUCCACUCUGAUCUACCAGGAGGUCAUAGAACUCAUUGCGGCCCAGGCAGGAGUGGAAGACGAGGUUGCCAGAAUUACAAACCUGGCGAUGAAUGGCGAAAUCGACUUCAAAGAGUCGCUCAGAAGACGGGUGGCAUUGCUAAAGGGAAUACCCUCUGCAGACCUCUGGGGCAAGCUUAAACCCCAGCUCAAAAUCACUAAGGGAGCCAGGGAGCUUUGUGCUACCUUGAAGAAAAAUGGCUGUAUAUUGGCAGUUUGUUCCGGUGGCUUUCUGCCUUUGGCUGAAUACAUAAAGGAGCAGCUUGAUUUGGACUACGCUUUUGCCAAUCAGCUGGAAACGGAGGUUGUGGACGGCAAAGAAGUCCUCAGUGGAAAACCAAAAGGCGAAAUCGUUGACGGUUUCAAAAAGAGAGCAGUAUUAGAGAUUCUUGCUGAAAAACAUCAAAUAGAUAGGGCCUACACUGCUGCUAUCGGUGACGGAGCCAACGACUUGCUGAUGAUGGCGAGAGCAGGUCUCGGUAUAGCUUGGAACGCCAAGCCAAAAGUGCAACUAGAGGCAGACUGCCGACUUAACACAGACUCCUUGCGAGAUGUGCUGUACAUUUUUGGAUAUAGAGACGAAGAUAUAUAA